GUCUCUUAGGUGAUGCUGCAGCCAAGAUGGCGCCUGCGGCGGCCGCGGUGGCCUGAACGUCAUGCUCCGGGUCGUCGGCAGCGGCGGCGGCUGUGGCCUCGGCCGGGGGCUCGUGUCUCUCCCUGCCGUGAGCGCCCAGGCAUCUUUCCUCCUGCCGGGCUGCCCUGGACAGAGAGGAGACGGCCACGAAGAGAGGAGGCAGUGAGGAACAGCAAGAGAGAGCGGCGGCGCCUCCCGUCCCGGCACCAUGGCUGGAAUCAUUAAGAAACAGAUCUUGAAGCACCUCUCCAGGUUUACCAAAAAUUUAUCUCCUGACAAGAUAAAUCUAAGUACUCUUAAAGGAGAAGGUGAACUGAAGAAUUUGGAGUUGGAUGAAGAGGUGCUGCAGAAUAUGUUGGAUUUGCCCACAUGGCUUGCUAUCAACAAAGUUUGUUGUAACAAAGCGUCCAUUAGGAUCCCGUGGACAAAAUUGAAAACACAUCCCAUCUGUUUGACUUUGGAUAAAGUAAUAAUGGAAAUGAGUACAUGUGAAGAACCACGAGCUCCUAACGGCCCAUCCCCAAUUGCAACUGCUUCAGGACAGAGUGAAUAUGGCUUUGCUGAAAAAGUAGUUGAGGGAAUUACUGUUUCUGUGAAUUCCAUUGUUAUCAGAAUUAGAGCAAAAGCUUUCAAUGCAUCCUUUGAACUUUCUCAGCUGCGGAUUUAUAGUGUAAAUGCAAACUGGGAACAUGGAGAUUUAAGGUUUACUCGUAUUCAAGACCAACAAAGAGGAGAGGUUUUAACGUUUAAGGAAAUAAAUUGGCAAAUGAUUCGAAUAGAAGCAGAUGCUACCCAAAGUUCACAUCUUGAAAUUAUGUGUGCUCCUGUUCGAUUAAUAACCAAUCAGUCAAAAAUCAGAGUGACACUUAAAAGAAGACUGAAGGACUGCAAUGUCAUAGCAACAAAGUUAGUUCUAAUAUUGGAUGACUUAUUAUGGGUUUUAACCGAUUCUCAGUUAAAGGCUAUGGUACAAUAUGCAAAAUCUCUCAGUGAAGCAAUAGAAAAAUCAACAGAGCAAAGGAAGAGUAUGGCUCCUGAACCUGCACAGAGCUCUACAGUAACCCCAACUACCCAGCAUGUAAAAACACCGCAGACUUCAAAUGUUCCUGAUGUAAAUGAUGCUAUUGUAAAAUUGUUCAAUGACUUUGAUGUUAAGGAAACCUCGCAUCAUCUAGUGAUCUCUCAUUUGGAUCUACAUAUAUGUGAUGACAUUCAUGCUAAAGAAAAAGACUCAAAUAGGCGUAUCACUGGUGGUGCUAUGCAGCUCUCUUUUACCCAGCUAACCAUAGAUUAUUAUCCUUACCAUAAAGCAGGAGAUAGUUGUACUCAUUGGAUGUAUUUUAGUGAUGCAACCAAAACAAAAAAUGGAUGGGCCAACGAGUUGCUACAUGAAUUUGAGUGUAAUGUUGAAAUGCUUAAACAGGCUGUGAAGGAUCAUAACGUAGGCUCACCUCCUAAAUCUCCAACACAUGGCUCUCCCCAGCACACACAAACAGAGAAGGAUUCCACUGUGAAGGGAACUUCCAGAACACCUUCAGUAUUAUCUCAACAAUCCAAAGCUAAGCUAAUGUCUAGUUCAGUUGUGGUUAGACUUGCAGAUUUCAAUAUCUAUCAGGUCUCUACAGCGGAACAGUGUCGCUCUUCCCCAAAAAGUAUGGUUUCCUGCAAUAAAAAAUCCCUUUAUCUUCCACAAGAGAUGUCAGCUGUUUAUAUAGAAUUCACAGAAUAUUACUAUCCAGAUGGAAAAGAUUUUCCCAUUCCAUCUCCCAACCUGUAUAGCCAGCUGAAUGCACUACAGUUUACUGUGGAUGAAAGAAGCAUUCUGUGGUUAAAUCAGUUUCUUUUGGAUUUGAAGCAAAGUCUUAAUCAGUUCAUGGCUGUGUACAAACUGAAUGACAAUUCAAAAUCUGAUGAGCAUGUUGAUAUUAGAGUUGAUGGCUUAAUGCUGAAGUUUGUCAUUCCUUCUGAAAUGAAAUCUGGGUGUCAUCAAGAUCGGCCACGUGCCAUUUCUAUUCAGAGUUCUGAAAUGAUUGCCACAAAUACAAGACAUUGCCCCAACUGUCGGCAUUCUGAUCUGGAAGCUUUGUUUCAAAACUUCAAAGACUGUGAUUUUUUUAGUAAAACGUAUACUAGCUUCCCCAAAUCUUGUGAUAAUUUCAAUCUUCUACAUCCGAUCUUCCAGAGGCAUGCUCAUGAGCAAGACACCAAAAUGCAUGAAGUCUAUAAAGGAAAUAUUCCUCCCAAAUUGAAUAAACACACCCUUAAAACUUCUGCUGCCACUGACGUGUGGGCUGUGCACUUUUCUCAGUUUUGGAUAGAUUAUGAAGGCAUGAAAAGUGGUAAAGGACGACCAGUAAGUUUCAUAGACUCUUUUCCUCUCUCCAUCUGGAUUUGUCAACCAACAAAAUAUGCUGAGUCUCAAAAAGAGCGGCAGUUUUGUAAUCAGGUGUCUCUGAACACAUCCCAGAGUGAAUCUAGUGAUCUGUCUGGCCGAUUAAAACGGAAAAAACUCUUGAAGGAAUAUUACAGUACAGAGUCUGAGCCCUUCACAAAUGGAGGGCAGAAUUCAUCGGAUACUUUUUUAAGAUUUUCUUCUUCAGCGACAGAUGCAGAUAUUCAUAUCUUGGUUCAUGUUCAUAAACAUGUCAGUAUGCAGAUCAAUCACUACCAGUACGUUUUCCUGCUUUUCCUCCAUGAGUCACUUAUUCUACUUACAGAGAAUUUAAGGAAUGAUGUAGAAGCGGUGACUGGUAGUCCUGCUAGUCAGACAUCCAUUUGUAUAGGAAUUUUAGUUAGAAGUGCGGAACUGGCUCUGUUGCUACAUCCAGUGGAUCCAGCAAAUGCUCUGAAGUCUCCUGUUUGUGAAAAUGUGAGCCCAAUGGUUCCUGAUUAUUUGCCUACAGAAAACGGAAAGUUUCUGUCUUCUAAAAGAAAACCAGUUAGUAGUAGCAUAAGUCAGAUAAGAAGUGUAACUGUUAAUCAUAUGUCCGACAGUAGAUCUCUGAGUGUUGACCUUAGCCAUGUCCCUUUAAAGGAUCCUUUGCUUUUUAAAUCCGCCAGUGACACAAAUCUGCAAAAAGGCACAUCUUUUCUAGACUAUUUAUCAGAUAAACAUUUAGGGAAAAUUAGUGAAGAUGAAAGCACUGGACUUGCUUACAAAAGCAACUCGGGAGAGAUUGCAUCAGAAAGAAGUGACAGAAAGGACUCAUCUUGUACCGAUGUGAAUAGUGUCUUAAACUACAGAGAAAGCUCAGAUGUGCUGUCAUUUGAUAAUGGUGGUAAUCAAAACAUCCUUUCAGAUAAUUUAACCAAUAAAGGAAAUGAAGCCAUAGAAUCAAUUUUUAAAGCUGAAGAUUUGUGUUCAGAAACAUCUUCACUUGCUGAGAACUCAGAAAUCAAUAAGGAGGCAUCUGCAGUCAGAACACUUAGAUCACAGACAUCUUUAAGCGGAAAGCAUAAGGAACGCUGUUCCCCCAGUCUGGCUCCACUCUCUGUUUCUUAUAAGAACAUGAAACGAAGUCCCUCCCAAGUCUCACUGGAUAGCAUUUCACUCGACAGCAUGAUCUUAGAAGAGCAGUUGUUAGAAAGUGAUGGAAGUGAUAGCCAUAUAUUUUUGGAAAAAGGAAUUAAAAAAAACUCCACCCCAAAUUACCAGAGCCCAGCAGAGAGUGUGAGCGCCAGUGCAAAUCUACAGAAUUAUGGUGAAGUCUCUCCAGAUGCCAUCAGUACAAAUUCAGAGGGUGCUCAGGAAACCCAUGAUGACCUGAUGUCAGUUGUGGUAUUUAAAAUUACUGGUGUUAAUGGGGAAAUUGAUAUCCGAGGAGAAGACACGGAAAUCUGCCUUCAGGUGAACCAGGUGAUACCGGAUCAGUUAGGCAAUGUCAGUCUCCGGCAUUACCUUUGUAACCGUCCGAUUGGGUCCGAUCCAAAAGCUGUAAUUCAUUCCAAAGCCUCUCCUGAAAUUUCUCUGAAGUUUGAAAGUGGGCCUGGUGCUGUAAUACACUCUGUACUUGCUGAAAAAAAUGGAUUUCUGCAAUGCCGUAUAGAAAAUUUUAGUACUGAGUUUCUUACAUCUUCUCUUACGAAUAUUCAACAUUUUUUGGAAGAUGAAACUGUUGCAACAGUAAUGCCAAUGAAGAUACAGGUUUCUAACACCAAAAUAAAUUUAAAAGAUGACAGUCCUCGGAGUAGUACGGUGUCCCUAGAACCAGCUCCAGUGGUUGUACACAUCGAUCAUCUUGUGGUGGAGAGAAAUGACGAUGGCUCUUUUCAUAUCAGAGAUUCUCCCUUGUUUAACACUGGAAAUGAUUUGAAAGAAAAUGUAAAAAGUGACUCAAUGCUGCUUACCAGUGGAAAGUCUGAUCUGAAGAAGCAACGCAGUGUCACUCAAGCCACUCAGACAAGUCCCGAAGUUCCUUGGCCUUCCCACUCAGUUAAUGUUCCUAAGGGCUCCUUUGACAUUACCAAGGAACAGCUCAUGGAAGAAAACGAAUCUCUUAAACAGGAGCUGGCUAAAGCUAAGAUGGCUCUUGCAGAGGCCCACCUAGAAAAAGACGCUCUUCUUCAUCAUCUAAGGAAGAUGCCAGUGGAAUAGCAGAAAUGGCAGUCAAAACUCAAAUUACAAGCUUUGGAGAAGGAAGGCUAUAUUUAUAAUGGUGAUGUUAUCAAUUACUGAAAGACUUGAUUUUCCAUGAAAAAACAAUAAAGUAAAAUUGAAAAUGGUAAAGUGAUGACUAUUCUAAAGAUGGUUUAGAAAGUAUAGGUACAGGUGUGAACAAUGUUUUGAUUAUUUUGUGUUUUGGGGUUUAACUCUCCUGUAAGCUGGUACGAUGAUCUAGGGCAGUCAAUACAUAUUACAAAAUAAUUCAUGCCUAAUGGAAAGAUAGCAUUUCCUAAUUUUGGUGUCAUUCUAGGCUUUUUUUUUUUUUUUAAAAAAAAAAAGGAACAUGAAAACUUAUUGUGUUUAUACAGAUUGUUGAAUUUAUUUCUCACUGUUUGUUAAUAAUUUACUAUUAUUACAAAGAUUCAAAUGCUGUUAGGUAUAAUGUAAAAUAAAAGGAGGUGGGGUGUACAUUUUAAAUGUCAUUAAAAUUAUGUACUUAAAUCCAUGAUUAUUAUAUAAAAAGCCCAAUCAAAUUAAUAAAUUAUAUAUUUAAGGAGUUUGAGAACUGGAAACUUACAAAGUAUUGAAGUAUUAAACUUAAAAAGUAAAUUAAAUUAUUGAAAAACAGAAAAAGCUUAAAUGAUGGGAAAGCCAUGUAAGUGGGAGCUAUUCUUUUUAACAAAAAGAUAGUACAGAUGUAAAAAUAAAAAGCACAACUGUAAAAAAGAGCAAAUUACUAAACUCUGUGGCCAAGUGAUUUAAAACCAUUACUUGUACAUUCCUUUAGAUAUUUACUGUUAGAAGUAAAAGUAAUAAUUUAUUCUGCUAAAUUUGGCAGCAUUUGUAACUAUGAUACUUUUAAUUAAUACUGUUUAUAUUAUUUCUUUAUCUUUCCUCUUUAAGGAGAAUGUUUUCAGAGAAUUUGCUUACCAUGCACAUAAAAGUUUCAUACCAUUCUUACAGUAUCAUAUUAGGUGUUUGCACAUAAUUUAUAAAGCUAGUUUUGAUUACAGUUCCGUGUGAUAUAUACAUAUAUAAAUAUAUACAGUCUUAUAUAAUGAGAGUCAUUGGUAAAUUUUAAAUUCUAUUUUCUAGAGAUUAAGGUUGAAAUCAACAUGAGAGUAUUACAGUCUUGCACUAUGAAAUAAAGUACAUGAAUGUUUAAGAAAGGGCCUUCUAAAGAUUUUAAAUAUAUUUCUGAUAGAAUUAAACUAAGUGAUGUCUAUUUUAAAAUUGCACAUUCUUAAAUAUAUCCAAGAUAGAAUGUCAAGUAGCUGGACUAUUCUUUCUUUAAAAUACUUGAAAAUUCUAGGCCAUGUUGUGACAUUUUAUUAUGGUGCUUUGUUUCUUUCACAUGACUUCUCUCGCCAUCCCUGUAUCUAAAUCCUUGGGAGAAUACAGAUUUCAUUUACAUUAAGGGUUGCAGUGAUUAUUGGAAACGGUUCUGUCCUUCCUUUUUCUUCUAUGUCAUCUACUUGCAUUGGUAUAACUUAAAAAUACAGGUACUGUUUUGGGAACUGAGGGUAUAGCUAAUAAAUUGUUUAACAUUUAACCUCAGAUAUGUUUUAAAUCAUGUAAAUCUAAAGCUAUUUGGUAUCCUCAUAUCAGAAGCAAAGGUCUGAUGAAAGAAUUAAGUGCGCAGCGAAAGCCCCUCCCUGGUGGAUGUAUAUUCUGCGGAAGCCUGUGUUUCUCAGGACUGACCUCUUCUGUGCAUGUGAACGUUUUGCAUUUGCUCAGUAAGCAAAGCAGGUGUUUUUUCCUUUACUCCUUUAGGUCUAUUUGGCCUUCCCAAGAAAAUCAUUUUAAUAAUAGAAAGGGUAACAUUCUGAAUAUUAUGGGUGAUUUGAUUAUUUUCAGUAGAUGUUUAACAUUCACAAAACACUUCUAAAAAAUAUUACAUCAUAUAAAUCCCAUAGCAAAAUCUUAGGAGCACUUAUCAUUCAACUGUUACAAGUUUUUUUUUUUUUUAAAAGUAUCUUAACAUUCAGAAAGAUCAAAUGGUUUAACCAAAAUCAGUUAGUGCCAUAAUCUUACAUGCUUUUAUGUUAGCUUGGCAUUAAUUGACAGAAGAGGGUCAGCAGGAGGGAGCCACUGUCUUAUCCCAGUUUUCCUUUCAGAUGCAACUAUGACACUUUUAACUGUGUGUGUGUAUAUGUGCAUGCACGCAAGAAGGAUACAUUACCAUGUGUGUAUUAUUGAAGCUACUUACAUAGUAGGCCAAAAAAAUGAGUUUAUAAUAAACUACAAGUGUUUUAAAAACACUGACCACCAGUCACAAAGUUGCCAUACCUUGAAUUGUUUUCUGUUCAGUCAUAGCAGAGAGACGUUAAUAACUGGUGGAGGUAGAGGUUUCCACUUUCUGUUUGUUUAUGUUUGUUUUAGGUUUCUUUAUUUUACACUGACAAGCUUGAGACUAUAUUUACAAUGUACAGUAUAUUUUAUGUUUACAUUGCAGAAUGGCUGAUUCAAGCUAGUUAAUGUGUGUGUGUUACUUCACAUCCUUUUUUGUUUUGAAAACACUCUGAGCCAUUUCAGAUAUACAAUCUGUAAGUUAUUAACUGUAACCAUAAUGUUAGACGGUAUGGUUCCUGAAUUUAUUCCUUUUAAUUUGAGUCCUUUGAAAAGUAUUCUGCCUCUCCCAGCUCUUACCCCUACUUUGCAAGCACUGUUGUACUCUCUGCGCUCCUGAGUUCAAUUUUUGUGCACGCUGCUUGGAAGUAGUAGAGCAUCUACUCAUUUCGCUUUCUGUGCUUAUUUCAUUUCACAUAGUAUUUCACAGGCCUUGUUCUUACAAGUGGUGAAUUUCCUUAAAAAAAAAAAAAAGGCAAAUAUCCCUCCAUUUUGCUUAUAUUUCAAAUUUUUAAAAUUCAUUCAUUUGUUGAUGGAUUACGUGUCUUGGCUAUUUCAUAAUGUUGCAAUGGACAUGGGAUUGUAGCUAACUCUUAACAUACUGGCUUUAUAGUCUUUAGAAACUUGCCCAUUGGUAGUACUGCUGGAUUAUACAGUAGUUCUGGUUUUGUUUUUGAGGAAUC